UAUUACAAGACAACCAUCCAGCAGCUUUACUAUCAAAAUUCAGUGCACCCGUGGUAGAGACCAGCAGACGAGAAAUGGCCGCUUAUGCCACUUUGACAGCUGCUAAAGUUUUUCGUAAAAACUAUGAUCUGAAUAGUGAUUUAGCCCGCCAGGCCCAUACCCAGAAGGUGUCUUUGAGACGUACUGCUUUGGAGAGUUUGUGUCCACCACGAGAUCCUCCUACUUGUAUGCCAGCCUCUGAGAGGUAUCGUACACAUGAUGGUACUUGCAACAAUAAAAGAAGAUCCCGCUGGGGAGCUGCACAAAUGCCUUUCAAUCGUUUUCUGCCGCCCGAGUAUGGAGAUGGUGUGGAUACCACUCGCAAAUCGGCAGAUGGAGGACCAUUGUCUUCCUCCAGAUUUGUAAGUUUACUGGUGCAUGGAGCACGGGAUGGUGAAGCGCCUUUGACAUUGAUGUUGGCCCAAUGGGGUCAGCUGUUGGAUCAUGAUUUAACAUCCACAGCGCAACCAAGAUCUAUUAACGGCUCUGUGCCCAGUUGUUGUGGCAGUAAAGAUUUCCAUCCCUCUUGUUUUCCCAUCAAAGUGCCCUUGGAUGAUCCCUGGCUAUCGCCUUUAAAGGUGCGCUGUUUGGAGUUUCUACGCUCUGCUCCGGCUCAACGUCGUGAUUGUGUUUUAUCUUGGCGUGAACAAACCAAUCAGGCCACUUCCUACAUUGAUGCUUCCCCCAUUUACUCCAGCAGUGUCAAGUCUUCGGAUAAUGCUAGAGUCUUUCGCAAAGGCUUAUUGAUAUUUGGUCGUGGCAAUCCAGCCGAUGAUGUCUGCCAACGAGGUGCCAUUGCUUCGCAUUGCAUUAGAUCUGGUGAUGGCCGCAGUGGCGAACAACCCGGCCUCUUGGCUUUGCAUCAUGUCUGGGUCCAUGAACAUAAUCUUAUAGCCAUGAAAUUGGGUGAAAUGAAUUUGCACUGGAGUGAUGAGAAAAUCUAUCAGGAAACUAGACGUAUUAUAGGCGCCAUGUUCCAGCAUAUAACAUAUAGAGAAUUUCUGCCCAUAGUGUUGGGACGAGAAGUGGUCAAACUAUUUGAUUUGGAGCUUUUGACAAGUGGCUAUUAUGAGGGUUAUGAUCCUAAAACAAAUCCCGCAGUGGCCAAUGCUUUUUCAGCGGCCGCUUUUCGUUUUGGUCAUUCUUUGGUACAAAAUUCCUACAUGAGAUGUGAUCGUUUUCAUAAUGUUAUAAAUAACAAUGUAAGUUUGCAUGAAGAGUUCCAGCGCGGCGAUAUAGGUUCAGUAGGCUCAUUACAUCGUUUGAUAAGAGGCAUGGCCACUCAAAGAGCCUUGAAGAGAGAUGAAUUUAUAACGCCAGAACUUACUAAUCAUUUAUUCCAAACUCCAGGUUUUCCCUUUGGCUUAGAUUUGGCAGCCAUUAACAUACAACGUGGUCGAGAUCAUGGCAUACCUCCUUAUACCCACUGGCGUGUGCCCUGCGGCUUGACGCCCAUAAACACCUGGGAUGAAUUUGCUACUGUAGUGGGUCCCGAGUCGGCAAGACGCAUCAGUCAUGCUUAUCACAGUGUACACGAUGUCGAUCUGUUUGUGGGCGGCAUUGCCGAACGGCCAGUUGUAGGUGGCUUAGUAGGACCUACAUUUGCCUGUAUUAUUGCUCAACAAUUUAGUAAUACUCGCAAGGGUGAUCGAUUUUGGUAUGAAAAUGCUGGUUUCGAAAGUUCCUUUACACCAGCUCAACUUCAUUCUAUACGCCGUGUAUCAUUAGCUUCGGUAUUAUGUCGUUCUGUUGGAGGAGGAACUUUCCAGCCGCAUAUUUUCUUACCGGUACAAUUUCCCGACAAUGUGCGUUUACCUUGCGGAGUGGCGCCUUUAGGUGAUUUCGAUAUUAGCCCUUGGCUAGAACAAGAUCCUUUUGCUUCACUUCAUAUCGCGCAUACAGCGGAACAACAAUUUGCACCGCCGACCUUUAAACCACAAUCUCAACCGACCUUUAAACCACAACCUCCACCGACCUUCAAACCACAACCUCUACCGGACCGUAUAUUUGACAUUAUGCAGUUGGAAACAAAAUCACCAGAUAAUACUGACACUCCCCUUAGCGACAACAAGGCAGGAUUCUCUAAUCGCAAUCCGGCCAUAUCUGUAAUCAAAGACCCACCACCAAGUCUGCUCAAGCAACCCACACAAUUAGUUCAAAAACCACAUCUUGAAUUCAUACCGACGGCAUCAAAUGGUUUUCUUAUCAUUAAGAACUCCUCGAAAAUCAAUGACAAACUGGACUUGAAGCGCAAAGGAUCAGCAGGACAUGUUACGAAACAGAAACCUGUACCGGGUGUCAAUAACAAAUUAGACAAGAACAAUCGUAAGGGAAGCAACAGACAUGGGGCAAUACAGAACACUACCCGAAGAACCAUUAUAGUGAAUAACAUACCAAUAGAACUGAGAACUGCUGGCAGAGACAAAGCUAAAACAAAGCCUACAGAUACAGAAAACGAACCAGAAGCAAGGACUGUCAACUCGGAAAUUGAGACAGAUACUAACAAGACUGAACGCGGACAAACAAAAAUUGUGGAAGAAAAUUUGAAAUUUGAAGCCAGAGUAGAAGAUAUAGACGAAUCGUUAAAGGCUAAAACUAAUGACCUUAAAAGUACAGAUCACAUUGAGGACACGAAAACAGAAGCUCAAAUUACGAACUCUAAAAGAACGAUAACUACAGGACAAACAAAAGAAGAGACUAGAACAAAUAAUACAAAUGCAGCAAAAGAGAACCAAAACGAAGUGAAAGAAACAGAACAGGACAAAUCUGAAAAGACUUCUAAAACUCAGGCGACAAUUCCAGAACAUAAAGAGAAAAACGAACGAAACGACUCUACUUUAAAUCCAACAGAGACUGAAUCACUUUCUAGCCAGGCUGAAGUAGUCCACAAAAUCAUGACAAUUACACAAAAUUUACAAAACUCUGAACUGAAAAAUGUGACUAUAACAACUGACCCAAUGAAGGACACGAAUGACUCUGACAUUGAUCCCAUGGUUCAAGUAAUCCCUGUCGAACAUAAACGAGUACAACGUAAACUUAUACCUUCUGCCUUUACGGACAAACUCAAAGACAAAUUAAAACUAACAAAUUCGAAUACUGUGGGCAACAGAAAUAUUACCUUGCACUAUGCCAAUCGAACAUUGACAACAAAAUCGCCAUCUAAAGCCAGUCGUACAACUGUACGCUCAGUCGAACUAAGACAAUACCAGAACAGACCCUCCUUCACUAAAACUCCUCAGAAGGUUAUAGUAGACUCGGUGAAUGGAGACAACCAAUACGAAAUUGAAAUAAACAUACGACAGACAAAUAAGAGUCCGAAACCUUUACACAGCACGCCCUAUACCGGGGACUAUACAAAUAUCUAUAAACCAAGUCAAUUUGACCGUUAUACCACUAACUAUCAGACCACACCCAUUUACGCCUACUACCAACCAGCACCGACUCAAAUUUCACCUAUAAUUCAAAAUCAAAGGACCAGACCUCCCACCAUAAUAUAUGUUGACGAGCAUGAAGAGCGUACGACCACUAAACAGCCAGGUUUCUUACAGAGUAUAGUGGGUUGGAAUUUGGCCACCAAGAGGCCUUUACCUGCCUCCAUAGGCUUCAAUGAAAGACCCAGUUUUGAGAGUAUUAUAGGAAGUCCUCAUAGUACCGCUAAUGUUCAACCUGCAUAUCCAAAUCAAAGACCACCCUCUCAGAUGGCUGGCAUUUCGAGCUUUAGUCAAGCUCAAGUGGGAACAGCAGGUGUUGUGCAAGCUUCCAGUGGCUCAGUAAGCAAUGGCAAUUUCGGUACUAUCGCAGGUUUUGCCAGUGCUAAUGGGGCAGACAGUACAUUCAGUUUUAACAUACGACCAAAACCAGACAAAACUCAAAUCAACAGACCAACUGCUAAUGGGGGAAAUUAUGGAUUAUCCAUACCACCCCGCAAUCACUGGUAUGCACAAAACACGGAAUACGCCAAUUUGCCUCCAGCAGCAGGACAACAAAUGAACACUCACGAACUACCUUAUAGGGAAAAUGUGAACAGCCCUUUUUCCUCCACUAACUCACAGACCUACUACAUACGUAAAAAGACGGGACCACAACGUAAGGAAGCCUUGACACUGACACAAGCUCAAGAAUUGGAAGACUAUGACUAUAUAGGACGCACGCUACAACCUCUACACAACAUAACAACAACGGACGAUGAAAGUCAGGACAAGGACGAAGACUAUGAAUAUGAUGAAGAUUACGGCACUUCGCCUUUACUAAGAAAAUUCAAUGAGGAUGGUUACCUUAGACCCGAACAUAUGAUAGGAACUGUAUUAAAAAUUGUCCAUGACAAAACUGAAGUGGACUCGAUGAAUCUGACAGCCAACAAGAACAAUCAAACUGUUGACGAUAAUUAUGUUUUGCCAGUUUUAAACAAUACGAAAGAGUUACCUCAUGACUUACCCCUGGACUUGCCUACUCCUUUAAAUACUAACUUUUCAACAGACUAUCCCGAUUCACUGGCGAAACAUUUAAACAAUGACAUAUUUGCUGAGGACAAUGAUGACGAGACCAUUUCGAAAAACAGUGAGACUAUAGCUAAAGAAAAGACUAAUGUUUUAAGAGAAGUUCAACGUAAAAGACAUAGAAAUCGGCAUAAGAACAAGAAUAAUAUAAGAAAUCAUGAGAAAAUAGCAUUUGCUCCCCUUAAUAUCUUGACAAAGCCAGAAAGGCCUGACAAUUGGGUAUUUUACGAGUCCCCUAGGCAAAAUGAACCUUUACUGCCGCAAAUACCUGAAAUCAAAAUGGAUCCUGUGCCCUCGGCGGAAAUUCCCAAGCCUUUUAAAGAAAAUAUUUGGUUAGACUUGGCUAAGAUUAAGAAAAGAAUUGCUUUACAAUUUCAAGGACCUUUGGGACAUCUGACACAACAAACCAUUAAUAACUUCCAACAAAAACCAGACAAUACGAACUCAACAGACAAAAAUUCUAAGGAAAUAAAUAUUAUGAAUACAAACUCGACUUCUACAGAAACUUUUACAGUUACGGACAAGGACACUUUAACGAAACUUGAACCUACCGACGCAACGAACAUAAAGUUACAAGACUUUCCGGAUAAAAUAGAGACAAAUUCGACUGAAACUUUUGACCAUUUAAAAGUUUAACUAUUUUUAAAGAUUUUUAAAUAUAACUUCCUAGCAAUUAUUUGAGUUGUUUGAUUAAACGACUUUUUUGCAUACAUGCAUUUAUGGAUAGAAUUUAUUUUGUAUUUAUUGAUUUAGUUUAAGCCGUGUUUUAAUAAAAACAAUUAUUUAAAAA